AUGGUGGACCAGGAAGAAACGUUACUGUCCUAUGGGUCACCACGGCGGGGCUUCUCAACAUCGGUGCACAGCUGUGUUGAUGAUGCGCUGCUACUAAAAGAAGGAGAGAGGGAUCCAAUGAGCUUGCUUGCGUACUAUCGCCAGCGCUGUGAAGAUUUUCAUCUUGAACGUGAGCAAACCUUAGAACAUUUGGCACAAAUCGAGGUUUCUAAGGGAAAAAUGCAUGAGCUUAAGUGGGAGCUCAAAACCAAAAACGAGGAGAUUUCAGAAUUGGAGGCAUCAUUAAAAACAGUAAAUGAUGAAGUUUUUCAAUUAAAAUCAGACCUGAUUGAUCUUCAGGCGGAAUGUGAAUCACGAAAGCUUAAAGAGCAGGACGAUCUUGUAAAAAUUCAACACUUACUGGCACUUACUCAACCAAUUACUGAGCAGGUGACAUUCUUUCGAGAUUGUCGACCGAGUUCGCGGACGACGUACCCGUCAGCGAUUCCAAAGACAUACCCGUAUCCGUCAACAAUGCAUAUUGGAUCAGAAGAAAUGCUGCAGAUAGAGAAGGAGCAUCAGUCAGGUUUUGUGGUUCGAGGAAACGCUCCGAGUCUCAAGAAUAUGAUAAAAUCGAUACCACCAAACAAGGUGCUUCGUACUAUUUACAUGCCUAGUGAGCAGACAGCGGCAUUAACAGCGACCAUUGAAUCUCUACAAAGUCAACUUAAGUCUCAUCGGCAACUCACUGAAGCGCGAAUCCAGUCCCUUUUAGAUGAUUUUGCAAAAGAAAAAGCAAAAAUGCUACUGCAUCAGCAGCAGAUAGAGGAGAAGAGCAUUCAGCUCGAAAAACAAGUCGAAAAGACGACGCAAAUUCUUACUCAAACAACUAAAGACUAUUUAGUAUUACGCCACAAGUCGCAAGAAGCGGAACGUCUCGCGCACGAAGAGAUUUUUCAAGUGAAUCAAACGUGUGAAACGUUGACAUUAGAGAAGACUAAGUUGACGGAAAAGGUGCGGGAGGAGGCUCACGCACUGCGUGUUGUGGCUCAAGCAGAGAGCACGCAGACUGUGUUACGUAAACAAGCUCUUUCGCGCGAACGAGAUUUACAUAUUCUGAAAGAACAGUAUGCAGCCAUGCAAGCAGCAUGUACUAAACGAAUCCAAGAUCUGCAGAUUCGCUUAACAAAUUUACGAAAUCGAUAUCGAAAUUUAGAUCAACGUCGCGCAAUGGAAAUGGAAGGAUUUACGCGAGACCUGGCAGGACUGAAGCGACAUUUGCAGAAAUUAGAGGUUAUUCUUUACGGUAGGGGACUUACAGCUCAAGAGCGCCAAGUGCUACGAUAUGACGAAAACUAUGCAUUAACUUCGAACGAGCUUAGUGAAGAAAUCGCAGCUUUGCAGCGGCGCUUGAUGGAUCUAUCGGCUGAUCUUGCCGAGGCAUAA